AUGCCGAGUUUAGGAUCAAGGAAGAGGGACACUCUACCCAAAAUGGAUAAACAGACAGACGACCUUCCACAGUUGAGCAAUGAGAUGCAGCUGAGCAUCAUGAACAGGGUGAAGAGUGGAGAGCUGUCCAUUGAAGAUGCUCUGAACCAGGCCAGGGAGGGCAGGAAGGAGCUGCUCAAACAGAGGAGCCUGCCUGAAGAGGAACAAGAAUCCUCUCAGUACAACUUCAGUGUCUACAAACAUGGCCGCUACAGGUGGCAGAAGCGGGUUCUUCAGAUUGAUUUCACCACCAAAAUGCUGUGCAGCAUAGAAAGAGGCAUCAUCAAGCGACAACUUCUCUUCUCCAAAGUGAAGAGCUGUGAUGAUGGAGCCGGCACCAGGUUCACCAUCUCCUUUAAAGGUCACCAUGACUAUGAAAUGGAGGCCAACUCAAUGGAGGACAAGCACAAGAUGAUGGAGCUGGUGAGUCGGAUCAUUUAUGGAAACAUAUACAGGCAUCCAGGGGAGGGCAGUGUGCAGAAAAGUCAGCAGCCUCAAGAACCAGAGAGCAUCAGGGAAGGCGUCUUGUUGCUGCACAGGGGCGGCCUGGCAUCGUUCAGAUGGGUGAAGUACGAGGUCAAGCUCCACCCAGGUCAGCUAACUCUGGUCCCUUUAAAGCGUCGAGUCCCUGCUGACGCUGAGGUGACAUCAUGGGUGCCUCGAUCCACCGUCAUCCACCUGUCAGACGGAGACACCAGCGUGCAGAAACCUCCCAGCCCUGACACGUUCACUCUGAUCACACACAAAAAUGAAUACCAGUUCAAGAUUCCUCUACAAGAUCGAACAUCGGCCCCCGGUGCAAUCCAGCGGGAGCGAGAUUCAUGGGUCAAGGCCAUCGACAAACUGUGCAAUGGCUGGAAGAGGAGGUCCAUGGGUGAGCACAUGUUUGUGGCGAAGAACAUCCUAAGGAACAUCAGCAUAACCGAAGAUGCAGAGGAUGGAGAGGAUGGAGAGGAUGCAGAGGAUGCAGAGGACACGGAGACAGAGCUGGAGCCGAGUGGUGGAAGUUUCACUCAUCCUCCAGAUGAUAAUAAAAAUGCAGAUCCUUCUUCAAGUGCUGGGGAUCAUUUAUCAGCAGGGGACACGAGUCAAAGCCGUCCCUCAGCCGAUUAUACAAAGCCGGUUCCUAAACCUCGCAACCCGAUGAAGACUCCAUCUCAACUUAUCGAGCCUGAAAAUUCACCUCCUGUGCCAUCGCCGACCUCUCCUGGUGUCGUCGGCUUAUCUUCGCCCACCCGAACUCCACCCUCGCCUUUACCAACUGUCCCCACAUCACCCUCCGCAGCCCCAGAGUCUCAUGAACCACGCUCUCCAGUUGUAAAAAUCCCUCGACCUUUUUUCAUCCCUGCCCCCCCUCCUUUACCCUUCAAAUUCAAGUUGGACUCAAAGAAGCCCCGCACCAAGGCCUUCCACUGGGACGUGAUGGGCUCAGAUAAGAUUGCAAAAUCAUUUUGGAUACAAGGAGGCGCCAAGAGGGUUGAAAUCGACACGUCUCGCCUAUUUGAGCAAUUUGCUGUUAAAGAUCUGGGAUCGUUUAGCAUGCCUGAGCAGAGCAACACGCAGCAAAUCAUCCUUAAUGCGAAGAUCGCACACAACUUCAACAUUUUCCUCAAAAGUUUCCUGGUGCAGCCGGGAGAGCUGAAGGACAAACUGUUCAUCAUUAAUGAGGAAGAUGGAGGCCUGUCUGAUGAGCACAUCACCUCUCUGAGGAGGUAUGUGCCCACCCUGGAUGAUGUGGAGAAGUACAAAUCCCACAAAGGACCUGUGUCAGAGCUGCAUAUUGUGGACCAGUACAUGAUGGAGAUGUGCAAUAUCCCUCAUCUGAGCACUCAACUGGACCUGCUGCUGACCCUCAGAGAGCUGCCCAACAGCAUGAAUGAACUGCAGCCGCUGAUUAACCAGAAGAUCAGAAUGUGCACGCAGCUGAACAACUGCAGGUCAUUUGUUUCCGUGCUGGAGUACCUCCUCGCCAUUGGCAAUUACCUCAACGACAACGCCAGGAAGGAAAAGGCCAAGGGAUUCCGCCUCUCCUCCUUAACGAAACUUCCACAGCUCCGUGGGAGAGAGAAGGAGUUCACCUUGCUCCAUGCCCUUGUGGAGCAGAUUAUGUUGCAUGAACCUUGCUUGGCCACUUUUACCCAGGAGUUGGCAGAAUUCGAAACUGUCCCAGGAGCCUCCAUCAAAGGCCUGACCGCAGAAAUAGAUGUCCUGAAGAAUGAACUGCAAAAAGUCGUUCAGUACAAAAAGAUUUCCAGGAAGAGAAACACAGGAGUUCUUCACCCUAACUUCACCAAAGACCUGAAGAUGGCAAUUGAGAAAUACAACAUGGAUCUGGCUGCACUGACGAAGACGUGUGAGGAGAUGAAGAAACUCUACUCUGUCAUACUGGUUAAAUUCGGGGAACCGGCGGAUCAGGACUCUCAGGAGCUCUUUGGGUUGAUCUGUCAGUUUGUCCACGACUUCAAGAGGGCCCAUGCUGAAAUUAUAUGAGCUAUGGAGGACAUCCUGGCAACCGCGGAGACUGCAGGGAUGCUUAUUAAACAAAGUGAAGAGAUCCUACCAGCUUAGUCACAGCUCACAGAGAUAGAGAUCAAAGCUAAAAUACAGCUUGCAGUUUUGAAUGCAGUAUUUGAUGUUGAAGAUACGGGGGUUUGGUGAGAAUUGUGAUAUUUUGUGGCUGUUUUUAUUCUCCUCCUGUGUUGUUGUACAGAUAUUUUAUUCUCUAACGGGCUCUGGUUAUGACUCCUUGUAAAGACCUUCUGUAUGAAAUGUAUAGUGAUGUAAACACACCUGAACGACAGGAUGUAACUGUCAUUGUAAAAUAAUGUUGUGACUAUAAACUUGUGCAUAAUUUCA